AUGAGUGCGACGUAUAGCGACUCCUCUCUCUCGCGCGAAGCCCAGAGUUCUGACUUUGACUUGACCAUUCGUCAGCAGCCCAAUCGGGCCCGCGUGGCGGGGGGCAAGGAGAAAGAGCGCAAACCGAUCGAUCCGCCUCCGAUCGUUCAGCUCCGGGUGCGAGAGGAGGGUACCUACCUCGCACAGCAUUACCUGCAAAGCCCGUACUAUUUCAUGUGCUGCAGCUUGUACGAUGCCACAGAAGAUCAUCCGGUGCCUGUAGCACCUUCGACCGCAUUGGCAGGAACCCUGGUUUCGUCCCUUCACCGGCUGAAGGAUGUGGACAACAGCGAUGGAGGGUUCUUCGUCUUUGGCGAUCUCUCGGUGAAGAUUGAGGGCGACUUUCGCCUCAAGUUCACCUUGUUCGAGAUGCGCAAAUCGCAAGUGACCUACUUGAAGACCAUCAUUUCCGAACGGUUCACAGUGUCUCCACCAAAGAGUUUCCCUGGAAUGAUGGAGUCAACCUUCCUUUCCCGCUCAUUUGCGGACCAGGGAGUCAAACUACGCAUUCGCAAGGAGCCUAGGACUAUGAUGAAACGCUCAGCUCCACGACCGGAUGAGUUCCACCAAAGCAUCCCUCCUCGAUCGCCGGAGCGUCAGGCAGUGCCAAUUCCUCCUACCACUGGCUAUGGGGGCUAUCCGGCGGCAGCCCGCGACUACACGUACUACGGUGCGCCUCCAGUCAAGCGCCAUCGGACCUCGGUCGACUAUGGCAGGCAAGGCAUCUACGACGCAGAUGGUCGGAUGGCUCGCCAGAUGGAUGCGUACGGCCAGCCGGCAACUGCCAUCUACGCUGGUCAACCAGGAACUUAUCCCACGCAAGCCAUGCCGUCUUACACAGGGCAGGUGGGCGGGGUGGGCCAGGUUGGCCAGGUGGUGCCUGACUACGGGAUGUACUCGAAUAUGCAACCGUCAGCCCCAAUGACCCAGAUCCCCGAUCCUUCCGGCCAAAGCCGAUCCAGCCAGCAGGCCGCUGUGGGACAACUGAUGGCGAUGAACCAGCCUGGCACUCCUACUCCGGAUUCGACUGGAGCGAUGAUGGCUCAGGGAUACGCCCGGACCGGAUACCCUCCCGCUAGCUCUACUAUUCUUCCUCCGUUGCAGCGCAAUCGCGACUUACAAGGGAAUGGAUCUCGAGGCUAUUUUGAGCAGCCUCAAGAAGCGACCACCCCUAUUCUUCCCUCUCAAAUGGUCGAUCGAUUUGGCUCCGUGGCCGGCCCCGCAGCCUUUGAUCCCGACUCUGCGAAUGGAACGCCUCAAUGA